AUGGAUUCUCAUCUGUCUGAUCUGCUCCUUAUAAUUCUAUCUUUUUCUGCAGCACUCAAUCUAAAUGAAUCAUCGGCCUCACCAGUUGACCCGACCCGAGUCACUCAAAUUUCUUGGCAUCCCAGGGCAUUUAUAUACAAAGGAUUCCUUAGUGAAGAGGAAUGUGAUCAUUUCAUUCAUCUUGCAAAGGGUAAGCUGGAGAAGUCAGUGGUGACUGACUUUGAAUAUGGAAAUGUGUUGAGUAAAACAAGAACAAGCUCUGGAAUGUUUCUUCAACCGGCCCAGGACAAAAUAGUUGCAGACAUAGAGACAAGGAUUUCUUCUUGGACAUUUCUUCCAGAAGAAAAUGGGGAGCCCAUUCAAGUGGUGCACUACGAAAUUGGUGAGAAAUAUGAAUCCCAUUACGAUAAUUUUGUUGAAGAAGCCAAUCUCGGAGGCAUCAACAAUAGUCGAAUCGCCACAGUAUUGAUGUACUUGUCUAACGUAGAUAAGGGCGGCGAAACUGUUUUCCCCUUCUCAGAGAAGAAGGAUAUUGUCCAAUCUAAGGAUGAUAACAGCUAUUCUGAAUGUGCUAGUCGUGGCUAUGCAGUGAAACCUCGGAAGGGAGACGCGUUGUUAUUCUUUAGCCUUAACAUAAACUUGACAAGAGAUUUACUUAGCCUUCAUUGUAGCUGUCCAGUGAUUGAGGGUGAGAAAUGGGCUGCCACCAAAUGGAUUGGUGUUGGACCAUAUAAGAACAAGCCCCCGCCAGAAGAAGCCAUUAUAUAG